AUGAUACAGCGAGCCAUGGGCAGCGUCCGAGUCAACAGGUACAGCAUCGUCUCCACUGAAGAGGAUGGACACAAGGUCUCUUCCCUGGGCAGUAUGAAUGGGCACAGCCGGAACGGGAAGGGCCACGUCCCCCGGCGGAAGCACCGUAACCGUUUCGUGAAGAAGAACGGCCAGUGCAAUGUCUACUUUGCCAACCUGAGCAACAAGUCUCAGCGCUACAUGGCCGACAUCUUCACCACCUGCGUGGACACACGCUGGAGGUACAUGCUUAUGAUCUUCUCUGCUGCCUUCCUGGUCUCCUGGCUCUUCUUCGGCUUCCUCUUCUGGUGCAUCGCUUUCUUCCACGGCGAUCUCAAUGCUCCAGCAGUGGGAGGUGGUCCCGCUCUCCUCAAGCCCUGUAUCAUGCACGUGAACAGCUUCCUAGGGGCUUUCCUCUUCUCAGUGGAGACACAAACAACCAUUGGGUACGGCUUCCGCUGCGUGACUGAGGAGUGUCCGCUGGCUAUCAUGGCGGUCGUGGUCCAGUCCAUCGUGGGCUGUGUUAUUGACUCCUUCAUGAUUGGCACUAUCAUGGCCAAGAUGGCAAGGCCCAAGAAGAGGGCCCAGACCCUCCUCUUCAGUCACCACGCGGUCAUCUCCGUGCGGGAUGGCAAACUGUGCCUCAUGUGGCGGGUGGGCAAUCUGAGGAGGAGCCACAUCGUGGAGGCCCACGUCCGAGCCCAGCUCAUCAAGCCCUACAUGACAGAGGAAGGGGAAUACCUCCCCCUGGACCAGAGGGACCUAAAUGUGGGCUACGACGUGGGCCUGGACCGUAUAUUUUUGGUCUCGCCCAUUAUUAUCGUCCAUGAGAUUGAUGAGGAGAGCCCGCUGUAUGGGAUUGGCAAGGAGGAGCUGGAGACGGAGAACUUUGAGAUUGUUGUUAUCCUGGAGGGGAUGGUGGAAGCCACAGCCAUGACCACACAGGCACGAAGCUCUUACCUCGCUAGUGAAAUCCUUUGGGGUCAUCGUUUUGAACCAGUUGUCUUUGAGGAGAAGAACCACUACAAAGUGGAUUAUUCACGCUUCCACAAGACCUACGAGGUAGCCGGCACGCCUUGCUGCUCAGCCCGGGAGCUGCAAGAAAGCAAGAUGACUAUCCUGCCUUCUCCCCCACCUCCCAGUGCCUUCUGCUACGAGAAUGAGCUGGCUCUUGUCAGUCAAGACGAAGAUGAAGACGAUGACGAGGUGGGUGUGGUGUUAGGGGGCAGCACCAAGGAGGAGGGAGGUGUCAUCCAGAUGAUGGAUUUUGGAAGCCACCUGGACCUGGAGCGGCUCCAGGCAACUCUGCCCCUAGAUACAGUCUCAUACCGCAGGGAAUCAGCCAUCUAA